UUGAAAAGCAACGGAAGAUAGAGUACAUGAAAAUACCUCUCUAAAAAUAACACAAAAGCAUCCCUAUAUUKUUGCUAGGAUGUUAAGAGGAAGUAUUGUAAGAUUCCCUUGUCUGUCAAGAAGUGUAAUUUACGCAGURAGAUCGCCUCAAAGCAGAUUUUCUGUUAUUCAACCAUCAUCUAAAAUUCUACAUCGACAGUAUGCAACUGAAGCUAAGGAAGAAUCUAAAUCAUUUGCAAUGGCUCUCUUCAAAGGCCAGUUUCAAGCAGAACAAGUUUUCCCAUUUCCACAAGUCUUAAAUGAAGAUCAAGAAGAGACUUUAAAGGCUUUUGYGGAUCCCAUUCAUAAAUUCUUUGAGGAAGUCAAUGAUGCUGCAAAGAAUGAUGCUGAUGAAAAAGUCAGUGAUGAGGUCAUGGAAGGCAUGAAAGAAAUGGGAGCAUUUGGGCUACAGGUCCCAACAGAUUUAGGAGGAUUAGGUCUAACAAACACACAGUAUGCAAGACUUGUUGAGAUAGUUGGUUCCUUUGAUCUUGCCAUUGGUAUUGUACUUGGUGCUCAUCAAUCUAUUGGUUUUAAAGGAAUUCUUUUAUUUGGAAACAAGGAACAAAAAGAAAAGUACCUUCCUCAGGUGGCAGGAGCAAGUAGAUUUGCUGCAUUUUGCCUGACAGAACCAGCAAGUGGCUCUGAUGCAGCUUCAAUUAAGACAAGAGCAGAGCUGAGCAAAGAUGGGAAACACUACAUAUUGAAUGGUGGCAAAAUAUGGAUAAGUAAUGGAGGAAUUGCUGACAUAUUUACUGUUUUUGCUAAGACUCCAUUAACGGAUCCAAAGACAGGAGAAACAAAGGAUAAAGUAACAGCUUUUAUUGUUGAAAGACAGUUUGGUGGAGUGACCAGUGGACCACCAGAAAAGAAGAUGGGAAUUAAAGCAUCCAAUACUGCAGAGGUUUAUUUUGACAAUGUCAAAGUUCCCAUAGAAAAUGUUUUAGGAGGAGAAGGCAAUGGGUUCAAGGUCGCGAUGAAUAUUCUAAAUAAUGGACGCUUUGGCAUGGCAGCAGCAUUAUCUGGUACAAUGAAAGGACUCAUCUCUAAAGCGGUUGACCAUGCUGCUAAUAGAACCCAAUUUGCCAGCAAGAUCGAAUCGUAUGGAGUGAUUCAGGAGAAGAUUGCACGUAUGGCGAUCCGCCAAUACGUUACAGAGUCUAUGGCCUAUAUGAUAUGUGCGAAUAUGGACCAGGGUGCAACAGAUUUUCAAAUUGAAGCUGCAAUCAGCAAAGUCUAUGCAUCAGAAGCGGCUUGGUUUGUAGCAGACGAAACCAUUCAAAUCUUAGGCGGCAUGGGAUAUAUGAAGGAUUGCGGAGCCGAGCGAGUGAUGAGAGACUUACGGAUCUUCAGAAUUUUUGAGGGAACAAAUGAUAUAUUAAGACUAUUUACAUCGCUUACUGGACUUCAGGGCGCUGGUGAACACUUGAAGGCUUUACAGAAGAAGUUAAUGAACCCAGCCAACUUCAAUAUGCUAUUUGCUGAAGGAGCCAAAAGAUCAAAACGAUUGGUUGGCAUAAAGUCUGGYCCAUCUCUCAGUGAACACGUUCAUGCGGACUUACAACCGUCAGCUCAAAAGGUGUCCGAAUCAAUUGGCGAAUUUGGAGCCACAGUAGAGCGUCUMCUUAUAAAGCACGGGAAAGGCAUUUUGGAGAAACAGUUCUUGUUAAAAAGACUUGCUGAUGCAACGAUGGAUUUAUACGGCAUGGUAGCAGUAUUAUCAAGAGCGUCAAGAUCAUUACAAAAUAAUCUAGUAUCGGCUCAACACGAGAGUUUACUUUGCACAACAUUCUGUGAUGAGGCAUACGAUAAAGUAUUAAGGAAUCUACGGUCGCUCAGCGAUUCAGGACGAAUCAGUAUCGACGAUAGAAUGUCUAGAAUAUCCAGUGAAGUCGUACAAAAUCAACAAACCGUUCCUGUGCACCCUCUUGGUUUUUGAAUAUCGACUGCCGAGAAUUUCUGUUCUCUGAAUGAUCAAUUUCUGCAAUUCUGUUUUUGAAUUUCUGGAAUUUGGUGUAAAUUAUUCUUCCAAUAAUAUUUUAAGCGUGGACGCUGGAGUAUAAUGCAAUUUUGUGAAAUAAACAAACAGUAACACUUGA